CUGGGCUCUGGCCAGUCUGACCAAUCAUCGCAUAGUACCUACUUAAGCAUCUCACAAGAGUAAAGGGUUAAGAUAAGAUAAUUCACUGCAAUUGCAGAGAUAAGAUAAUUCACAUAGAGCUAAUAACUCACAUAGAACUUGCAAUUGCAGAGAUACACGCUAUUUAGAAUGGAUGUCAUUUUUGAGCAUGGACCCCAAAAAGAGGGUCAGGAACGAAGAGGUCAACUAUUAUUUGGUCUACAUGUAGUAACCCAACUGAGGUGCACAUUAGUGUUUAAGAUUAGGCCUGCAGUUUUCAUUUAUACAUCCCUAAGUCAUGUGUCAACAUUCAAAGGUUUUUGACCAUCUGUUGCUCAGUCAUUACAUGACCGAUACAGAAUAAUAAAGUAGAGAGUCGUGUCAUUUCCUCAUGCAUGUUUUAGUUAUGCAUUUCUUCUUCUCUGUGUGUAAUGGCUGACUCCAGAUUGACCAUAAAUCCACCCAGCGUCAGGUGGACAUCAAGAUCAAGAAGCAGGAGGAGCGCUGGUGGGACCGGCUGACCUUACAGGAAAAGAAGCCUCUGUUUCUUGGUCCUGAUUUUGACCGCUGGCUGGAUGAGUCUGACGCCGAGAUGGAGCUUCAGACUAAGGAGGAAAAGAUUAACAAGAUAAGUGUGGAGUCGAGAAUCCGUAAAGAUCCCUAUGUUGGUCUGAAGAGAGGCUACUUGUUUGUGUACAACCUGGUACAGUUCCUGGGAUUCUCCUGGAUCUUUGUUAACAUGACUGUUCGACUCUUCAUCCUUGGUCAAGAUUCAUUCUACGAUACCUUCCACACCAUGGCUGAUAUGAUGUAUUUCUGUCAAAUGAUGGCUGUGUUCGAGGUCAUUAAUCCUUUGUUGGGUCUGGUCAAGACUGGUUUUGUCCCUGCUAUGAUACAGGUGUCAGGGAGGAACGUUAUUCUGUUUGUCAUAUUUGGAAUCCUAGAGGAGAUGCAAAACAAACCUGUUGUCUUCUUCGUCUUCUACCUUUGGAGCACCAUUGAGAUCUUCAGAUACCCUUUCUACAUGCUGGCCUGCAUUGGUACAGACUGGGAGCUGUUGACGUGGCUGAGAUACAGCCUCUGGAUCCCUCUAUACCCACUAGGGGUUAUAGCUGAAGCGGUGGCUUUGGUCCAGUCUCUGCCCAUCUUUGAUGAGACCCGUUUGUUUAGCCUUCCUCUCCCUGCAGUGCUGGGGCACUCACUGAGCUUCUCCUACAUUCUGCAGCUCUACCUGGUCAUCAUGUUUCUGGGACUCUUCUUCAAUUUCCGACACCUGUCCAAGCAGAGGAGAAGACGUUACCGCUCAAGGAAAAGGAAAAUCCACUGACUGAACAGCGUGUUUACUAUUUACUCUAAACACACCCUGAACCUUCACUCAAAGCAGUUGUUUUCCUUUUUAUUGCUUCACUCUUUUCCACCCUCCUUCACAUAUAUAAUACAUUGAUCUAACGGUGGAGCAUUGGUUUGAUUUUUCCUCCACUUGGUUCAUUGUUAACCUCCUCCUGACUAAAUAGUUUAAAUCCUGACAAUUUCCAAAAUGGCAGUUGCUAUAGUUCUGCUGUGAGUUAAAGUUGCUUUUGUUCCGUUCUAGAGGUGUAGUCACAAAAAAAUUGGCACUGUACCAAAUUUCUGCAAUACAGUUGUUGUUUUAUUUGUACCUUUCACAUUUUUUUAGAAAAUCAUGUCCUAAAGUUACUACCCCAAAAUACCUAUUAAAACAUUAACAUUUGAAUCACAGUUAACAAUCUUAGAACUGUUUAUUGCAAAUCAUUAAUCUAGAAGUCUCAAACUUGCACCUGAAGUCACUGCUCCUGAUUCUAUCUCUUGUGUGGACAAUUUGACCUGUUCAAGGUCAUAAGGUAGUAACAGGGCUGAUCAACCGUAUAUGUAUUGCAAUAUAAUUUCCUUCAAUGUCACUAUUACAAAGGUUCAGUAUACAUAAACAUAAUAUAUUUAAAAUAUUUUUUUUCUUGAACACACACUUGCCUUACUGCAGAUGUGCAGAAUGUUUUUUGUUAGUUUUUGAUCAUAUAGUGAAGUUUCAAAUCACACUUGGGGGGUAGAAAUUAUUGUCCGACAUUUGUAGUGAUAAUUAUCAAAUUAACUGAAUUAAAUGUAUUUAUUUAUUGUAUUUUUCUUUUUUCUUUCUUAAUCUGUGGAAUUUUCAUCAGUAUGUUUUUGGCCAUGUUCUCGAAAAGAGAUGAUGAAGAGAUCUCGAGAGAUGAGAUUAGGUCUGAAGAACGUUUUGUAAAGUAUGUGUAUAUUUGUGGCAUGUUGACAUAAUAUAAAGCAGGAGAAAAGAAAGGGGAGAGAUGAGUACAAGGCACUGAAAAAUUGAUAAGAUUUAACAUUUGAAAUUCUUAGCAUUUAACUUGCCAAUCAUUCCUGUCUGGUUUUUACAUUUUUCUGUGAUGAAAUAUCCACUGCUUUCCUUAAUAUACUAACAAUUUAUUAAUACCCCCUUACUGAAUGUAUUUACAUUUGGAGCAUGACUAAUUUUUACUAGAAGCAAAAACUUGCGUUGCAUUUAAAACAGGGCAAUCAUGGCAGACUUCACCCCAUUCACACAACAAGCCCUCUGUCGGCUUAUAUGUGUAACAGACUCUGUGGCACAACGGUAGAGCUCAUUAUGUUCCGUACUGUUCAUGCUCACACUUAAUGGUCAGAGUAAGUUUUAGCACUGACAAAUUUAGUAAUAACUUAAAUAUGUGCAUUAUCUAAUGUCACAGUCACAUCAAUGGGAAAAAAAACACCCACUACGUGUUUAAAUUAUUGUAACUGAAUGACCUGAUUUUCUUUUUCUAUUUUAUAUAUUCUUGUUUAUUUUUCAGUCUGUUCACCAUUGAGCCUACAUCGUGUGUGUUUAUAUUCAUUUGUGUGGUGUGAUUUUUUUUUUUUUACUCAUCCUACAGACAAGUUCUGACUAGUGCUGCACCUGAUUCUAAGUCACAAUAAAGGUUUCCUGACCAAAUACAUUAA